AUGGACACUUCCAAUAACAAUAAUCUGAAUAUACUCGAUUUACCCGAUGAAAUAUUAUUGAUCAUUUUCAAUAAACUGAAUAGAAUCGAUGCUCUCUAUUCGCUUGUGGACGUUAAUAAACGAUUUAAUCGAUUAGUACUGAAUUCACUUCAUAUUCGCAAUCUUGAUACGACCAGCAUGGUUAUAAAAUCAUAUUAUGAUCGUAGAUUUUCAAUAGACAAUAAUAUUCUAUUGAAAAUAUGUGAAAAAAUCUUACCUCGAAUUCAUCAUCAAUUAAAUGAACUUAUCGUUGAACAAAAUUCAGUGAAACAUAUUCUUCUUACUGGUUAUUAUCUUCAACUCGACUCGUUAUCACUUGUUAAUUUUCAAAAAGAAAUACUUUUUCAAUAUUUAACAGGUGCAUUAUUUUUCCCAUCAACAAGUUGCACAUCUUCGACUUUAAUUAAAUUAAAAGUUAAUGUCGCAACUUUUGAUGAUUGUCUUUAUCUUCUUGAUGGACGUCUCAAACACUUAUCAACAUUGAUUAUUCAUGUGAAAAAAAUAUCAUUAAGUUUCUCAGAUAAAAAUAAGAAAAAACUUCCCGAAUUGAAAUGCUUCUCAUUGACUUCAACGAAGUAUACAUCUCAUUAUAGCGAUCAAAUUAUUCCAUUACUUCGUCGAAUGAUAAAUCUUAAAGAAUUGACAUUAUUCUUAUCAGUAUUUACAAAUGACUGUACUUAUAUUGAUGGUAUUCAAUUACAUGAUCAAAUUCUUAUUUAUAUGCCACAAUUGAACAAAUUUACGUUCAGUAUAAACUCAAAUACUGUUCAGGUAGAAGAUGUUGUUAACGAAGACAUUGAAAUUGAUCUUCCGUCGAACGAAGAUAUUCAACGUAGCUUCAUUGGGAAAGGAUAUGGGCAAUUAGACAAAUUUGAUGAUAAUAAAGUUUUAACAGCUAUUACAUUUGACAUAAAAUAUUAUUUAGAAGAUAAUCAAUUUACUUAUAGAUUUUCUCUUUCACUUGUUAAUCGUUUAAGAUUUGUUCGAAUUACAACAUUUCUAGCUAAAAAUCAAUAUUCGAAAAUUAGUGUUGUUACGUUAAAUUGUUAA